CCCAGUUCCAGUGGUGACAUAGUUGGAAAGAGAAUUCUGGGUGGGCGGGGCUGACCUCUCUGGGCCUGGCACCCUGUCAGCCCAUCUGGCCCGAAGAUGGGCAUCGGGCAUGCCGCAGGAAACCUCUCCCGGGGCAGGGGAGCGGGUCAAAGAUACACGGGGACGCCCAGUACACUGCUGGGGUGACUCAAAGGCCCGCCCAGUUGCCGAUGAGCCUCAGGUUGGCCCUUCCCCCUUCCGAGGCAGCAGUUCCCCCUUCCCACCCCCACCCUCAGGGGUGGGGGCGGGUGCAGGGAUGAGUGGGAUAUAAGGCAGCCCCGGGAAUCCCUGCCGCCCUCAGCCAGACUGCUGGAAUCCCGUGAAGAUGAAGUCCCUUCUGGUUAUACUUCUGGUGACUGUUGUGUGUGUAGAGCGAGCCCACGCCCUCAAGUGCUACGUCUGCGAGAACUCUUCCAACUGCAAGACAGAAAAAGUAUGUUCACCCUCAGCCCGUUACUGUGAGACCGUCACCAGCUACAACCCGCUGAACGGAAACCUCAUCGUCAAGCGCUGCUCGGAGACCUGCUUCGGGAAGAACGAGACCCACCAGGGGACCAUCACUCGUACCACCUGCUGCCACACGGACCUGUGCAACAGCAGGGUUGCCAACGGGGUGGUCCACGCAGCCGCCAGCCCCAGUGUCCUGGUCCUGGGCACCCUUCUCGGCCUGGUCUGCGUCCUCCUCAGGCCCGGCCUGUGACCGGCCAGGGCGUGACCGCCUCUCCCAUUCCCCAUGCCCUCGGCUCAGGUCUCCACUCCCCCAGGCCCGCCCCGUCUUCCUCUGACCGCUCAAACGGGAGGGGGUCCUGAGGAGUCUUCCCCUCCCAGUCCAGCCUCAGUCUGGCCUGGGGGCACCCCAGGGUGACAUCAGUCCAGGACCCUGAGCCAACGUCCUCGCCCCGACCUGGGGUAGCCCCAAGAGGGUGGCGGGGAGGGGAGACAAUCCCCCUUCCCCGCCACCUACCAUUCCCCCCGGGUCACCAGAGGACACAGCCUCAGCCACCCUCAGGCCAGGGCCCGGGGGGAAGGGUUUUUCUACUUUGAAGCACACAGAUAAAUAAAAUACGUCAAGGAA